CCUUUCUUGCUUUCUUUGAUUGACAACAACAACAACAAAGCCAUCAAAUAAGGCAAAGGACGAAACAACAAUGAGUGGAGACGCGCGAGUUGCUCACCAACAGCAUCAGCACCACAGCCAUCAUCACCAUCAACAACAACAACAGCAACAACAGCAACAACAGCAACAACAGCAACAACAACAACAGCAACAACAACAACAGCAUCCAAUGCAAGGGCGACGGGUGAAGCUGGACGACGACGACGACUACAAUGACAAUAACAGUGACACUGGCCCAAUCAGUAGUAGUGCGGCUGUGGCUGUUGUGGCUGCCUCCUCCUCAGUGUCUGCCUCUCUCGCUCCUUCUGCUCAUCAUAGCAACACUACUCAGCAGCAGCAGCAGCAGCAGCAGCAGCAGCAACAGCAGGCGGCGCUCGCAUUCUCACAGCAGUUCAUGCACUCGCUCAACAUCCACUCUGGCGGCGGCUCACCGUCAGCCGACAGCAGCGACAACUCUAGCACUCUGCAUGCUGCCGCCUCACUCACGCCACCCGCUCCUGGCAUGGUGGAUGCCAAUAAUGCUGCUGCUGCUGCUGCUGCUGCUGCCGCUGCUGCCGUCGCUGCCAGCCUCGUCAAUAGCAAUGGUAAUGGAGCGUAUGCCAAUCACUUUGUGCACGAUCCGCUUCUCUCGGUCGUCCUCGACGCAGCACGCAAGACCUCCGCCAUUGCGCACACGCAGCACGGCAGCAGCAGCAGCAUGAACACCAUGAGCAACUCGAGCUCGAGCGUGACGACGACGACGACGACGACCAGCAGCAGCAAUAGAGGCGAAUUCGUCCCCGAAGCCACUGUCACUGCCGCUGCUGCUGCUGCUGCUGCGCCGGACGCUGCCUUCAUGGCCCCACCACCACCACCAGCAGCAGACGGCAAUAACAUGGUGCCCGUGUAUGGCUUGCUCGGCCUGCUCCCGCCGCAGAUGCAGCUCAAUCUGCAGGCUGCCAUGGCCUCGUCCCACCGGCAGGCCAUCCUCCACCAAACCAGCUCAAGGAAGCCAAAGAAGGCCGCUGCUGCUGCUGCGACCUCACUCUCGCCGCCGGCUGGUCUGUCGGUGCCUGGGACGCCAGCUGCUGGACUUUCAUCGUCAUCCGCCGCAGCUCCCGCUUCAACAGCUUCAACAGCUGCUGCAGCGGCAGAGGCAGGCGAGGCAGGUGAAGCCGCCCGACGCCACCGAAAGUGCUCCCGCGUCUGCGCUCCGUGCAAGCGAGCCAAGACGGCGUGCGAGAACAUGCGCCCGUGCCCAAGAUGCUCGCGGCUGGGCAUUGCCGACAGCUGCAUUGACGUCGAGCACAAGGUCCCCAGGCCCAAGGCCAACCUCGCACAGCAGGCAAACGCUGCGUUGUAUCCCCCACCGACUGCCCUGCAAUCGUCAGCAGUCGCACCGCCGCUCGGCGUGUUUGCUGGCGACGCGUCGUCCUUCCUCGUCGACAAUGCGACAGGCAUGACCCUGAUGCCAGGCGCACAGCUCAUGCAGCUCGACCCGAUCGCGGGCUUGUCGGCGUUUGACGAGCCGGACGCCAUUGGCUCCAUCCCUGCUGCUACCAUCACCCUCGGCCGAGGACAGGUACGGUCGCUCGAAGAGUUUGACAUUGGUUCUGCCGCGGCCGGCCCGCUCAGCGCUCGGUCGUCGGACUCCAUGCCAUUGUCUGACGGCGGGACCGGGUUUUCGGUCGGCGAUGCGGACGACACUCACGGCCAACCCAAGCGUGUUCGAAACGACGCUGCGUCACCGCUCGACGACGAUGUCGACUCGCCGGCCUCGGUGCAUAGUGUUGAGGAGUUGAUAGAUGUCGCAUCCGAGCUCGACUUUCCCUGGCAAUGCCUCUUCCAGCUCCAAAGCACAGCAAGUGGCAAUGACAGCGAAGCCGCAUCCGCCGCCAUGCUGGACGGUGUGCUCAACGAGGACAUUUCGGAGAGCGCUCUCCUGCAAACGCUCUACGAAGGGCUUCACGCUUCUGUCGCGGCUUCGCAGCAGAUUGGAGCGGACGGCACUCCUCUGCGUCGCUUUGACAUUCGCAAGUACUUCUCUUCUGUCUUUUCGGAACUGCUCAAAUGGAAGCAAAUGCUUCUCAACAACUACAGUCCGCGCCUUGAAAAGUGCUUUGUGAUUUACGUGCGGUUUUAUAUCGGGCAAACCCAACUCUUCCGCGUCGUCACAGCUGAGGAAAUGAUCCCAAAGCAAGAAGAGUUGCUUGCUGGAUUCCCGAAUGACAGUGUCCGCAAGCAAGUGCUUGAACUAGAACCCGCCGAAUCGAUGGAUCCAAAUAGCAUCUCGGAAGCCGUAAUUCGCAACGUGUACGAUAAAAUACCGGUCGCUGUCGUCCGGUGCAGCGUUCGCAACUUUGUGAUUCGCAUCAGCUACGCAAAUGAGGCGGCGACCGACAUGUUUGGCUACUCGGGUCUUGACGUGACCGUGCCACCCUUGUCGGACGAUCUGCUCUUCCGAGUGUUUGCGGAAAGCGAGUGGCACCGCUUUGCACGCGCCUGCUGCGAGGCAGUCAUGUGUCGCGCCGAGCAGUUCCAAUUCCGCGGCCUCUGCCGAAGACGGGAUGGCGCUGAAUUCUUUGCCGUCUUUGCCAUCAGCAUGGUGUAUUCCGAGUACGGCUAUCCCGUCAAGGCCAGCGUGUUUGUUCAGGCUGUGGAGGAGCCUCGGCUGGUUGAUGUUGCCGUGGAUUGAGGCACAAUUUUUUCUUUGUUUGUCGCUUUCCCCCCCCCCCUGUUUCUGUCGAGUUAGCAUCGGAAUGUUGCUCCCUUUGUUUCUUUUUCAUCGUUGUGUGUGCAUGUACUGUACGGCUUGCGCAUGAAGCUGCCUGAUUCGUGUUUGUUAGAUACUUGUAAAUUUGAGAUUUUGUU